AUGUCAUGUUCAAAAAUAUUUUCAGGAGAUUUACCUGAAUUAACAUAUGGAAUUAUAAAAUAUUUACAAAAUGAUUUUUUAACUUUACAUUCAUGCAUUUUAGUUAACAGAUUAUGGUGUCGAUUAACGAUUCCAUUAUUAUGGGAAAAUCCAUUUUCAAUUCCUACAAAAAAUUAUAAAUUUAUUGAAAUUUAUUUACAAAAUUUAAAUGAUAAUGAUUUUAAAACAAAUUUAAACAUAUAUAAAAUUAAUGAUAAUUUAUUUUAUUUAAAUACACUUUUUAAUUAUACUAGUUUUAUAAAAGAUAUAAAUUUAUUGAAGGUUAUUACUUCUGUUGGGAAAUGGUUUGAAGAUUCUGUUAGGACUUUAAAACCCGGAAAUAGAUAUUUUUUACAAAAUUUAGAUAUACUUUCCGAAUCUAAUUUUAAAAGAUUAAUUUAUAUAUCAUUAUUUAAAACAUUCAUUGAAAAUGAAGUAAAUUUAAAUACUCUUAACAUUGAUAUCUUCACUAUUUAUAGUUAUGAACCAUAUUAUGAUGAUAUUAUUGUAUUAAUUUUACAAAAUUCAAAUUUCAUUCAUAAUAUUAAAAAUUUAAACCUUUAUUUUGGUAGUAGCUCACCUAAUAUCUUAUAUCAUAACAAUAGUACUAGUGAAUAUAAAUUACUUAAAAGUCAAAUAUUACAAGUAAUUUAUUUACAUCAAAAUCUUAAGAAAAUUUUAUUGGAUAAUAAUAGUUUCCCUUAUUAUCAAUCAUUAUUUUUAUUAAAAGAAUAUAAUUGUUCAAAUACUUUAAAUACGAUCAUACUACAUCAAGUUAAUUUUAAUGGUAUAAUCAAUUUAGACAAAAUAUUUGAACAAUUAAAUGUUUUAGAAUCUGUUCAUAUCACUUAUUGUUAUUCUUUAAAUAGUAACUUUAUUCAACAAAUUAUUAAUUUAACUAAACCAUUUAAAUUAAAGUCUUUAUUUAUAGAAGAGAGAUUACAAAUCAAUUUAUUAGAAUUAUUAUUACAAAAAUCUGGUGAUUAUUUGGAAAAUUUCAUUGUAUUUGGAUUCGAUUAUGAUUUAUCAUCAAGACGACAAUUAUUAGAAUUAAUUACUAAAUAUUGUAAUAAUAUCAAAUUUCUUGGUUUAUAUGGAUUUGUAAAUCAGAUUACUCAUCUAGUAUCAAAUUUAAUUGAAAGUAUUAACCAUAAUCUUAAUUAUCUUUCAAUUCACAUCAAAGAAAUUUAUCAAUUUAAUUAUAAUGUUGAUUAUACUUCAACUAUAUUACAAAAUUUAGGACAAAUUCUCCCUUCUAAACUAGAAUAUUUAAGUUUAUCUCUUUCUAUUAAAAAAAGUGAUUUUAAAAUAUUCUUAGAAAAUUCUCAAAAUAUUUUUAUUAAUAGAUUGUUAAUAAUGCAAAAAGGUAAUGAUGAUAUUUUAUAUUAUAUAAAGGAAUUUAUUAUGAAAGAAAAAAGAGUCAAAUAUUUGGCUAUUAAGAAUUUUGGAAAUAUAGAUUUGUCUACUUUAGAAGAUGAAGUGAAUGAAUUUAUGUUAUAUAAUAUUAAAGUUCUAAAUUUUUGUGAAUUAUAUUUAGCUAUUAGAGCUUAUGAAUUCGUAAAGAAUAUUGAUUAUUAUUUAUAA